AUGGACCCUCUCAUCCUUCGUGAGCUUUCGAAGCUCGACCCCGCGGUGCCGUUCCGCUACUCGACCGACCAUCUCCAUCACACCUGGGCCAAGACUUUCUUUUCGCGCCCGGAGCUGUACAUCCGCCCGCAGACGAUCCCCGAGAUCCAGCAGCUGGUGACUCUCGCCCGGCGCUGUCGUCGUCGUCUCGUCAGUGUCGGCAGUGGUCACUCCCCCUCCGAUCUCACCUGUACCUCGUCCUGGCUGGUCAACCUCGAUCACUUCAAUGGCAUCCUCGAGAUCGACCCAACCACCGGCUCCGUGACCGUGGAGGCAGGCAUUCGAUUAAGCGAGCUGGGCAUCGAGCUGGAAAAGCAUGGCCUCACCCUCCCGAACCUAGGCAGCAUCGAUAGUCAGUCCAUUGCCGGCGUCAUCGCGACAGGAACCCACGGCUCCUCCCUUCGUCACGGCCUAGUCUCGGAAUGCAUUGAAUCGCUCGGCCUCGUUCUCGCCAAUGGGCAGUUCGUCCGCUGUAGCCCGACCAAUAAUGUUGACCUCUUCCGCGCCGGUCUAGUCUCCCUCGGAGCGCUCGGAAUCGUCGUCGAGGUCACUUUCAAGGCGUGCCCGUCGUUCAAUAUCGCCUGGCGCCAGGAACGAUACUCGCUCGGCCGCGUGUUGAGCGAAUGGUCAACCGGUCUGUGGACCACACAUGAGUUCGUGCGUGUCUGGUGGCUGCCAUAUGAGAAGGGUGCUAUCGUCUGGCGGGCUGAUAAAACAGACCUGCCCCUCCGCGCUCCUCCUCAAAACUUCUACGGCGACGCUCUCGGCUACCACAUCUACCACAACCUCCUCGCGCUCUCCUCAUAUAUCCCGCGCAUUCUACCCUGGGUGGAAUGGUUCGUUUUCGGCAUGCAGUAUGGCUUCCGCGCCGGCUCCACGGUGACCGAAGCGGUCGAGCCCGCGCGACAAGGCCUGCUGAUGAACUGUCUAUACUCCCAAUUUGUGAAUGAAUGGGCACUCCCUCUGGAAAAGGGGCCCGAGGCUAUCAGCCGGCUCUCCGCAUGGCUAAACGGCGACCCAACGACCGGAAUCCCCUUCUCCUCCAAAGACCUGUGGGUCCACUGCCCAGUCGAGGUACGAGUAUCCGACACCUCGCUGAACGAGAAACCCCGCCCGUUCCUCGACCCGACCCGCCCCGACGGCCCAACCCUCUACCUCAAUGCAACCCUCUACCGACCUUACCUGCGCGACCCGCCAUGCCGCCGACGAUACUAUGAAGCCUUCGAGUGGCUGAUGCGCGACCUCGACGCCAAACCACACUGGGCGAAGAACUUCCAGGCACUCGGCCCGCAGGAGCUGGGCAAGGCCUACGGCGAGGACAUGGAGUCGUGGAUGAAGGUGCGCAACGAAGUCGACCCGGAAGGCAUGUUCGUGGGCGAAUGGCACCGCCGCAAUCUACCCCUGGCAGAUGACAGAUUUCCCCUCCUUGAGCGCGAGCAGGAGCGUCGCAAAUUCGGGGUGCGUGGCGUCGGGGAUGGCGUCGAAUGGGUAGGAGAUCGCCUGCAGGCUCCAUCCCAGGUUUGGGACGAGAAGGCGGCUUACACAGAAAUGCCUGAUUCACCCGGCACGGCGACUAGUGAGGAGAGCUUUGAUUUGCUCGCCAGGGGUGAAGCAAGUAUCUUGCUCCCCGGUGAGAAAUCAGGCUCCUGA